CGAACAACGAAACCUCCCCGACCUCAACCUACAGACUCCACCGUCAUCCACGAACCACCCUCACAAUACAGACAAUAAUCUCGCCCCUUCGUCGCCAAGAUGUGGAUUGUUGAUUGGUUCUACAACGUCCUCUCAAGCCUCGGCUUGCUCAACAAGCAUGCCAAGCUUCUCUUCCUCGGCCUCGACAAUGCCGGAAAGACCACCCUGCUGCACAUGCUGAAGAACGACCGUGUCGCUAUCCUUCAGCCCACUCUUCACCCUACUUCCGAGGAGCUCGCCAUCGGCAACGUGCGCUUCACCACCUUCGAUCUCGGCGGUCACCAGCAGGCCCGCCGCCUGUGGAAGGACUACUUCCCCGAAGUCAACGGCAUCGUCUUCCUCGUCGACGCCAAGGACCACGAGCGAUUCCCCGAGGCCAAGGCCGAGCUCGACGCCCUCCUGUCCAUGGAGGAGCUGGCCAAGGUGCCCUUUGUCAUCCUCGGCAACAAGAUUGACCACCCCGACGCCAUCUCGGAGGAGGAGCUCCGUCACCAGCUCGGCAUGUACCAGACCACCGGCAAGGGCAAGGUGCCUUUGGAGGGAAUUCGACCCAUCGAGGUCUUCAUGUGCUCCGUUGUCCUCAGACAAGGAUACGGUGACGGUAUCCGGUGGCUCUCGCAGUACGUCUAAGCAUGGACCGACAGCUCUGGGAGGAGCUUGCGGGAGGUGUUUACGGCGGAAACGGAGUAGUACAUGGACGAUUUGGCAAGAAUGGCAAUAGGGAACGUCUACGCGGGAACGAAAUUCAUGGUGCCACGUCUACGAAAGCUCCGGUCAAGUGCUCCGAGGGGAGGGGUUUAAACAGAACAGAGCCCUCCUUUUGGCGUUUGCGAACCUGAUAUCCUUGGGGAACAACGGUUUAGAAGAGCU